AUGUCCGCACCAGACAAACCUGACUAUGCUAAUCUCGAGGUUCUGCAUAGAAAUCGAUUGCCAACACGCGCAUAUUGGAUUCCAGAGACCUCGACUUUGCUGAAUGGGGAGUGGGAUUUCCAUUAUGCUCUGAGCCCGUUGGAGGCCCCCGAAGUUGGCAAGAGCUCAUCUCAGUUGCACUUGGACGAGACAUGGACACACAUCAACGUCCCAGGGCAUUGGCAGCUUCAGGGCCAUGGGAGACCGCAUUAUACUAACGUGAUCUACCCCUUUCCGGUCUGCCCGCCCGAGAUCCCAACGGAGAACCCGACUGGAACCUAUCGUCGUGCUUUUACGGUUCCGCCAGCAUGGGAUAGCUCGUCACAACUGCGACUGCGUUUCGAAGGAGUCGAUAGUUCCUACCAUGUUUGGGUGAAUGGUGAAUUUGCUGGUUACUCUCAGGGCAGCCGCAAUGCCGCAGAGUUUGACGUGGGUUCGCUGGUCGACCGAAGCUCCAGCAAUGAACUUGUAGUUCAAGUAUAUCAGUGGUGCGAGGGCUCUUACAUCGAGGACCAAGACCAGUGGUGGCUUUCAGGCAUAUUUCGGGAUGUUUACUUGAUCGCUUUCCCAGCUGACGCCAGGAUUGAGGACUUCUUUAUCAAAACAGAUUUGGAUAACAACUACUGCGAUGCCACUUUGCUAGUUGAAGCAACCCUCUCAAGCCCAGCAGACAGUCGCUUAACGUUGACGCUGCGAGAUGGUUCGGAAAAAAUCGCGUCGGUAGCAGACACACUGGACUCAGGUUCUCCAACCUGCAAACUGGAAAUCCCAGUCAAGAAUCCGAAGAAGUGGACAGCGGAAACCCCGUUUCUGUAUGAGCUCACAUUGGUCUUAUCAAAAGACUCCAAAGUAGUCCAGACUAUUGUCCAAAGAGUCGGGUUUCGCAAGGUCGAAAUAAAAAAUGGACUUAUCACGGUCAACGGAAAACCUCUCCUUCUCCGGGGGGCAAACCGACAUGACCAUCACCCCCGGUUCGGAAGAUCGGUGCCUUUGGACUUCAUGAGAGAUGACCUACUCCUCAUGAAACAGCACAAUAUCAACGCCCUUCGGACGAGUCAUUAUCCGGCCCAUCCUCGACUCUACGAUAUCGCCGAUGAGCUGGGUCUCUGGGUUAUGGACGAAGCUGAUCUGGAAUGCCACGGUUUCUAUGAUGCUGUAGCCCGGCCGCUUGACAUUCCUGAGGAGAUGGACUACGAGGAACGGAAAGCGCUCACAUUUCCACAAGCCGCCAAGUUCACAUCAGAUAAUCCAGCAUGGAAAGAGGCAUAUGUAGACCGAAUGCGACAGCUUAUCCAACGCGACAAAAACCAUGCCAGCGUCGUAAUGUGGUCGUUAGGAAACGAGGCUUUCUACGGAUGUAAUCAUGCAGCCAUGUACGAUUAUGCCAAGAGUGUCGAUCCUGAACGUCCAGUACACUACGAGGGGGAUGUGAAGGCUGUCAGUACGGACAUGUACUCCUACAUGUAUCCCAGCAUGGAAAGACUCAGCAAAUGGGUUGAGACGGAAGGCGUGAAAGAUGAUGGAACUUUCAGCAAGCCUGUUGUUCUUUGCGAGUAUGCUCAUGCAAUGGGUAAUGGCCCUGGGUGGCUCGAGGACUACCAGAACAUGUUCAGGAAGUAUCCAAGACUCCAAGGUGGCUUCAUUUGGGAAUGGGCGAAUCACGGUCUAUGGCAUCCUCAAGGAGGCUUCUAUGGAUACGGUGGUGACUUUGGUGACGAGCCCAACGACGCGACCUUCGUCAUGGAUGGCCUGUGCAACAGUGAACAUAAGCCAACACCUGGCCUUCUUGAGCUGAAGAAAGUGUUCCAGCCGGUCAAAUUCGAACUCGAAGACGGGAAGCUUUUUGUCACGAAUGAGUAUGACUUCGUGGACCUGAAUCAUUUGAGUGCAACAUACAGAAUUGAAACUUUUGGAAACAGAAACAGUUCUGCCCUACUUGCCUCCGGGGACCUUGAGAUUCCACAAGUAAAACCUUGGUCGCGGGCUCAGCUUCAGCUGCCACCCGAACUUGGGAAAUACAAGGAUACUCCUGGAGAGAUUUAUCUGACCGUACGAUUCGCCUUGCGUUCGGGUGUCAACUGGGCAAGUGAUUUCCAUGAAAUUGCUUGGUGGCAGAGUAAAAUCUUUGAUGGCCCAAAGGCCCCGUCUGUUGCGGUCGGGCCAAUGACAGGAGCCAUCACGGCAGAGGAUACACGAGCCACGCUCAAUCUCUCUGGUGCAGACUGGACCUUGACGUUGGACAAAGUCCGCGGAUACGUGGUGGGUUGGACGCACGCUGGUCAAGCUCUCGUUGAAAUUGAUUCAAACACACGUGCUGCCAUUAUCCCCGCCUUCUGGCGCGCACCCACCGACAAUGAUCGCCCAGGUGACAUAGACAUCCCUGGAUCCUUGCCGUACUGGAAGCAUUACGGUGUUGAUGCCCUGACGUCCCAACUUCGCCAAUUUACUUGGAAAAAGCACGAGGCCACAGGAUCUGUUGAGGUGAAUGUGCAUAGUUACUUGUCUCCACCAAUCCUUGGAUGGGGAUACCGUGUUGCAAUAACAUAUACAAUCUCCCUGGCAGGCUCACUAUCAAUUCAGGUCAAGGUUCACCCGGAAGGACCCAUUCCAGAAAACAUUCCGCGGCUCGGGCUCAAUAUAAGACUUCCGAAGCGUUUGAGUCAUACGAAGUGGUUUGGACUGGGACCAGGGGAAUCCUACCCAGAUAAAAAGUCUGCACAGAGAAUCGGAAUCUGGACGAAAACAGUUGAAGAACUAGAAUACCCCUAUGAUGUCCCUCAAGAAAACGGAAAUCGGAUGGACACUAGAUGGCUCAUGGUCGGGGAUGCCUACUGCGCUGGCGUAGAAGCGACUAUGCUCAGCGGAUCAGGCACCUUCAGUUGGAACGCAGGGAGAUACAGCGCCAAAGAAUUGGAAAACGCCAAACACCCUUGUGACCUCGUCGCCGAAGACGCUACACUUCUCUGUCUCAGCUCAAAGGUUGCUGGUGUUGGAACAGCUGCUUGUGGGCCUGGCGUCCGUGACGACCUUCAAGUAAAAGUGGAGGACGACGAGUUUGAAUUCUUCUUGCAGCCUACGGCAUCCCGAUAG